AUGAUGAUCCCGGCGAGGCACAUGCCGUCGUCGAUGAUCGGCCGGAGCAGCGGCGGCGCGCCCUACGGAUCCUCAUCAGCACUGUCGCUGGGCCAGCCAAACCUGCUGGACGGCAGCAACCAGCACCUCCUGCCGCACCACCUCCUGGAGCAGAUCCCGGCGCGCGCGGCGGAGAGCGGCGACAACAACAACGGCAGCGUCGGCGGCGGCGUGGGCAUGAUCCGCGGGCGUGACUCCAUAGACCCGCUGGGGGACGAGUUCGAGAGCCGGUCCGGCAGCGAGAACGUGGACGGCGACGCCGUGGACAACGCGGAGCAGGACCAGGACCCCAACCAGCGGCCGCGCAAGAAGCGCUACCACCGCCACACCCAGCACCAGAUCCAGGAGAUGGAAGCGUUCUUCAAGGAGUGCCCGCACCCUGACGACAAGCAGCGCAAGGAGCUGAGCCGGGAGCUCGGGCUGGAGCCGCUCCAGGUCAAGUUCUGGUUCCAGAACAAGAGGACCCAGAUGAAGAACCAGCACGAGAGGCACGAGAACUCGCAGCUGCGGGCGGACAACGACAAGCUGCGGGCCGAGAACAUGCGCUACAAGGAGGCGCUCAGCAGCGCGUCCUGCCCCAACUGCGGCGGCCCGGCGGCGCUCGGCGAGAUGUCGUUCGACGAGCACCACCUCCGCGUCGAGAACGCGCGCCUGCGCGACGAGAUCGACCGCAUCUCCGCCAUCGCCGCCAAGUACGUCGGCAAGCCCAUGGUGCCCUUCCCGGUGCUCUCCAGCCCGCUGGCCGCCGCCCCGGGGGCCUCCGCCUACGACGUCUUCGCCGGGGCCGCCUCCGUGCUGCAGGCGCCGCCCGACGACAAGCAGCAGGGCGUCGUGGUCGAGCUGGCUGUGGCUGCCAUGGAGGAGCUGCUCCGCAUGGCGCGCCUCGACGACCCGCUCUGGGCCACCACCGUGGACCAGGCGCUGGCGCUGGACGAGGAGGAGUAUGCAAGGAUGUUCAUCGACCCGCGCGGCGGCCUUGGGCCGAAGCAGUAUGGCCUCGUCUCCGAGGCCUCCCGCGACGCCGCCGUCGUCAUCAUGACCCCCGCCAGCCUCGUCGAGAUCCUCAUGGACGUCAACCAGUACGCGGCGGUGUUCUCGAGCAUCGUGUCGAGGGCGGCGACCCUGGAGGUGCUGUCCACCGGCGUGGCUGGGUGCUACGACGGCGCGCUGCAGGUCAUGUCGGUGGAGUUCCAGGUGCCGUCGCCGCUGGUGCCGACGAGGGAGAGCUACUUCGUGCGCUACUGCAAGCGCAAUGCUGAUGGGGCCUGGGCCGUCGUGGACGUGUCGCUGGACGGCCUACAGGGGGUCAAGUGCCGGCGCAGGCCCUCCGGCUGCCUCAUCCAGGAGGCUCCCAACGGCUACUCCAAGGUGACUUGGGUGGAGCACGUGGAGGUGGACGACAGGUCCGUGCACAACAUCUACAAGCCGCUGGUCGGCUCCGGCCUCGCCUUCGGCGCCCGCCGGUGGGUUGGCGUCCUCGGCCGCCAGUGCGAGCGCCUCGCCAGCGCCAUGGCCAGCAACAUCCCCACCAGCGACAUCGGAGUGAUCACUAGCUCGGAGGGGAGGAAGAGCAUGCUGAAGCUAGCGGAGAGGAUGGUGGCGAGCUUCUGUGGUGGCGUGACAGCCUCCGUUGCGCACCAGUGGACCACUCUGUCGGGGAGCGGCGCCGAGGACGUCAGGGUCAUGACCAGGAAGAGCGUCGACGACCCCGGGAGGCCGCCCGGCAUCGUCCUCAACGCCGCCACCUCCUUCUGGCUCCCUGUCCCACCCAAGCGCGUCUUCGACUUCCUCCGCGAUGAGACCUCUCGCAGCGAGUGGGACAUCCUCUCCAAUGGCGGCAUCGUCCAAGAAAUGGCUCACAUCGCCAAUGGACGCGACCAUGGCAACUGCGUCUCACUCCUCCGUGUCAAUAGCACCAACUCAAACCAAAGCAACAUGCUGAUCCUGCAAGAGAGCUGCACGGACGCGUCGGGCUCCUACGUCAUCUACGCGCCGGUGGAUGUGGUGGCCAUGAACGUGGUGCUCAAUGGCGGCGACACAGACUACGUCGCACUCCUGCCAUCAGGCUUCGCCAUCCUGCCCGACGGUCCUGCAGGGACAAUGCACGCCGCGGCAGGGGCAACCGGCACCGGUGGGUCGCUCCUGACGGUGGCGUUCCAGAUCCUGGUCGACUCCGUCCCCACUGCCAAGCUCUCCCUAGGGUCGGUGGCCACCGUCAACAGCCUCAUCGCCUGCACCGUGGAGCGCAUCAAGACCGCCGUCAUCUCCAAUGGCGGCGCCUCACCCCCGCAGUAG